AUGGAAGAAUCGUUCUCCCGACCGCACGAGGAAGGUUCUGGAGGCUUGCCACCAACUUUGCUUCCCACCAAAGUGUAUGGAUCACAGCCUCAAUACAAUCGUCCUUUUCCAUAUCCGGAGGCUCCGGUUCGCUGGCAGGUGGGUUCGAUCUUGGAGUGGUUCGAGUCGCUUGCUCAAGCCGCCGAGCAAGGCGAGUUCCAAAACAACUUUCACCUCGGGAAUCAGCAGCACCGGCAACCCAUUGGAGGUUCCGAGUUACCAUUGGCAGAUCCAGUACCGCUGCCACCGUGGUAUACUCAGCCAGUCUCUAAUGAGGAGGCUGUUAUCGAUGAGACAAGCUGCAAUGCUGCAACUCCGAAAAACUGGGAUUUGUCCUUUGUGGAACAUCAAGAUCCGUGGGGCUGGUCUGAUCGUCAACGCAUGGCAAAGGUUGCUUGCCAAGUGGAAGCUAGUUCAAGUAUUAACUGUGAAAAGUAUCAUGGUAUCAGAACUCGUUUCGAAUUUUUGUUUGGGCGCUGCGUUUUCCAACACUCCACUCCGGUAGAGCAUGGACAACGCCGGAUGAUUCUUCGAGUUCUUUACGAAGAAACCAUUGCCAAGCUUCGGGAGCUCCUCGGUAAUCACCAGCCCCCACUGCACCAGAUUCCGGAUAAAAUACUGUCCGAGUCGUCCCCUAUCGCUACAAAACAGGACUUGUCCAAGUACAUGACCGCAUGGUUACGGGAGAACUGGACAAACCCAUACCCGGAUGACCAAGGCUUGGCUACCAUGGCUCAAGCAUGCCACACGACCCCCACGGUCGUCAACAACUGGCUAAUCAAUGCUCGCACGCGGAAAUGGCGACGAGCCAUAACUAAAGCGACAAACAUGCAUCGUCCGGCAAAACUUUUGUUGGAAGAUUCCUUGCGCAUUUUUGACGGCGAAGAAGUCCGAGAGUUGGGAAAUUUGGCAAUGGAGAUAUCGUCAUCGUGCUCGGAAGCCAACGACAUGGAGGGCCCAAUGCACAAGCGGCACAAAAGUGGUAUGUAA